CUCUCUCUCUCUCUCUCUCUGUCUCUGUCUCUCUCUCUCAUACACACACACACACACACACACACGGUAACAAACUGGGCUUGGGAUCCUCAUGCUCUCUGUCUUAGCUUCAUCUCUAAAUGGUACAGCCCUAAACUGUACUCCCCCACUCCCGGUACUAAGUUUUAGUUUUAAAGAUACCUUUAAAACUCAGGGCUGAUGGAUAAGAGGUGCCUGGCACCUGGGGCUCCCACUGAGCAUGUCCUGACUGUGGCAUAUGAUACUUCUCCUUUGGGUUGGAGUGCAGAGGGUCUCAGGCUGGGCCAUGGCUAGAUGGUCAGAAGCAGGGUGAAGCCUUCGAAGGUUGGUGUGCCUUCCUAUCAGAGCUGUGUGUUGUCUCUGAACCUUAGGAAAGCCUCGGUAGAGUCCCGCCAAGCUUGGGCUUCCUCAGACAGUCUAGUUUAACAUGUCUGUGUCCCAGUCACGGGACUGUGCUCACAGGAAGAAGCCAGCAAAGGGGCAGGGCUGGAGCCUGGAGACCCAGGGUGAGCAGCCAAGGUGGGAAGCUCUCCUGGUCAGGGGUUUACAUUCCAGCGCAAGCUACCCUUAAACACCGUGGACUGAUCUUUCUCCCCAGAGUACUGGCUGGCAGCACAGCAUUUGAGGAGGAGUGGACUGAGAACUCAGGUCAGAGGCUGCCCCCCCUGCUGCAGCUCAAUUCUUGGGCGAGGCGGAACCAGCCCUCCAGGCUAUGGGAGGAGCUGUGGUGGAUGAUGGUCCCACUGGCAUCAAGGCCCCCGAUGGGGGCUGGGGCUGGGCCGUCCUCUUUGGCUGUUUCAUCAUCACGGGUUUCUCCUACGCCUUCCCCAAAGCGGUCAGCGUGUUUUUCAAGGAGCUCAUGCAUGAGUUUGGGAUUGGCUAUAGCGACACAGCCUGGAUCUCCUCCAUCCUGCUGGCUAUGCUGUACGGCACAGGCCCCCUCUGCAGCGUGUGUGUGAACCGCUUUGGCUGCCGGCCUGUCAUGCUUGUGGGUGGCCUCUUUGCAUCCCUGGGAAUGGUGGCCGCGUCCUUCUGCCGAAGCAUUAUCCAGAUCUACCUCACCACAGGGGUCAUCACAGGCUUGGGUCUGGCUCUCAACUUCCAGCCUUCCCUCAUCAUGCUCAACCGGUACUUCAACAAACGGCGCCCUAUAGCCAACGGGCUGGCCGCAGCGGGCAGCCCGGUUUUCCUCUGUGCGCUGUCUCCGCUGGGGCAGCUGCUGCAGGACCACUAUGGCUGGCGGGGUGGCUUCCUCAUCCUGGGGGGCCUGCUGCUCAACUGCUGCGUGUGUGCUGCGCUCAUGCGGCCACUGGUGGCACCCCAGGCGAGUGGAGGGACCGAGUCCCAAGCACCCCAGCGGCCACCCAAGCGCCUUCUGGACUUGAGUGUCUUCCGAGACCGUGGCUUCCUCAUCUACGCGGUGGCCGCCUCCAUCAUGGUGCUGGGGCUCUUCGUGCCUCCGGUGUUCGUGGUGAGCUACGCCAAGGAUCUGGGUGUGCCCGACACAAAGGCCGCCUUCCUCCUUACCAUCCUGGGCUUCAUUGACAUCUUCGCCAGGCCCACGGCUGGUUUCAUCACGGGCCUCAAGAAGGUGCGGCCCUACUCUGUCUACCUCUUCAGCUUUGCCAUGUUUUUUAACGGCUUCACAGACCUCACAGGCUCGACGGCCAGCGACUAUGGUGGCCUGGUGGUCUUCUGCAUCUUCUUUGGCAUUUCGUACGGCAUGGUGGGGGCUCUGCAGUUUGAGGUGCUCAUGGCCAUCGUCGGCACUCACAAGUUCUCCAGCGCCAUUGGUCUCGUGUUGCUGUUAGAGGCCGUGGCUGUGCUCAUUGGACCCCCAUCAGGAGGCAAGCUGCUGGAUGCAACCAAAGUUUACAAGUACGUGUUCAUCCUGGCCGGGGCUGAGGUGCUCACCUCCUCCCUUGUGCUGCUGCUGGGUAACUUCUUCUGCAUCAGGAAGAGGCCUGAGGUGACACAGCCUGAGGUGGUGGCCUCAGAGGACACGCUCCAUAACCCCCCUGUGGGUGUGGGGGUGGACUCGAGGGAGGUGGAGCACUUCCUGAAGGAACAGCCUGAGAAAAACGGGGAGGUGGUUCACACCCCAGAAACCAGCGUGUGAGUGGCCUGGCCAGGCGGGCAGGGAGCAGGGAAGAGGUCCAGAGACUGGCAACGCUCAUAUUUAUUUCACAAACAGGACCGGCUGAGGCGGGGCCAUCGGCUCAGCUCUGGCUGCCUGGUCAGCGGGUCAGUGUUUUGCGGGGAGAGGUGGCGGGGUGGGAACCGUGUCAUUCCAAAGUGGAUCUGCGGUGAAGCCAAGGGAGUCCCACGGUUACCAGCCGCCUACGCCAGGAACGAGGGACCCAGCCUGCUGAGCCCAAGCAGCCUGUGCCUCCCCCGACCCCCACUGUGGCCAAGGACCUAGAAACCCACACUUAGGAGACAACACGACUUUAAUCAGAUGGCGGGGCUGGGACGGGUGGGUGCUGGCAGGUGGGUGCUGCCGGCAGGGUCCUCCCUGAUCCUACCAUCCUAUCCCCAUCUCCAGCCCUGUUGUCUAGGGGACAAAGAGCUCCUAUCUGACACGGUGGAAAUAGUCCUGUGUGUAGGAGCAGCACCAGAGGGCCCAUCUCCAGGAGCUGUCUGUUUCUGGGCAGUGGUCUGUUCUCCCUAAGUCCCACCUUUGUUAAAUAACAAAUUGCUGAUUCUUAAAAAA